UGGUUCAAGUGUCUAAUUUGUAACUCAUCUCCCCCCUCUCCACCUUCUUCUACCUUCUCCUCCUUCUCGCCUCCAUAUAUGGUUGCAUCUCCAUCGGUUUCUCUUGCAAUACAAUGAGGUUUUGAUUUCAAUUUCAUAUGUCGCAAUCCAACACUACUACCUCCAACAACAACCGCAAGCGCUCAUCUGCCACUUGUACAUCUCCACCACCAUCCACGACCACAACCGGCGGCGGAGGAGCUCACUUUUCGGGGAUGAAGAAGGCCAAGUCACAGGCCGUCUCUUGCUCAUUGGACAACAAAAACGGCUUCCAACAUCACCAAUUUGAUAACAAUUCCUCUGUCGACCCUUCAUCCAUGAUCGAAGAUCCCACUGAAAACGAUGCUGGACGCGCCUCCUCUGCUGGUGGAUUUACCGCCAAUUUGUCCCGUAAAAAAGCAACACCGCCUCAACCUGCUAAGAAGCUCGUAAUCAAGCUACUUAAAGCCAAGCCGACCUUGCCGACAAACUUUGAGGAGAAUACAUGGGCCAUCUUGAAGUCAGCGAUUAGCGCUAUAUUCUUGAAGCAGCCAGAUCCUUGUGAUUUAGAGAAGCUUUAUCAAGCCGUCAAUGAUCUUUGCCUCCACAAGAUGGGGGGAAGUCUUUACCAACGGAUUGAGAGGGAGUGUGAAGCUCACAUAUCUGCUGCUUUACAAUCAUUAGUUGGCCAAAGUGAAGAUCUUGUGGUUUUCUUAUCGCUUGUGCAGAAAACCUGGCAAGAUUUUUGUGACCAAAUGUUGAUGAUCCGUGGUAUAGCAUUGUAUCUUGACCGUACAUAUGUGAAACAAACUCCAACUGUGCGAUCGUUAUGGGACAUGGGUCUUCAACUUUUCCGGAAGCAUUUAUCACUAGCUUCAGAAGUUGAGCACAAAACCGUAUUCGGCCUUCUGAAAAUGAUAGAGAGUGAGAGAUUAGGUGAAGCAGUUGAUAGAACACUCCUUAACCAUCUUCUGAAGAUGUUCACUGCCUUGGGAAUUUACUCCGAGAGUUUUGAGAAGCCGUUCCUUGAAUGUACAUCGGAGUUCUAUGCUGCUGAAGGAGUAAGAUACAUGCAAUACUCGGAUGUUCCAGAUUUUUUGAAACAUGUGGAGGUAAGAUUGCAUGAAGAACAUGACAGAUGCCUACUCUAUCUCGAUGCCAGUACAAGAAAACCAUUGGUAGCAACCGCUGAAAGGCAACUCCUUGAGCUUCAUAUUUCUGCAAUACUUGAUAAGGGUUUCAUGAUGUUGAUGGAUGGUAAUCGAACCCAAGAUCUUCGAAGGAUGUAUACACUGUUCUCUAGAGUAAAUGCCCUCGAGUCCUUACGACAGGCCCUUAGCUCAUACAUCCGGAAAACAGGGCAGGGAAUUGUAAUGGACGAAGAGAAGGACAAAGAUAUGGUGUUCUCUCUCUUAGAAUUCAAGGUUUCUCUUGAUAAAAUAUGGGAAGAUAGCUUUUCAAAGAAUGAUGUCUUUUGCAACACAAUCAAAGAGGCAUUUGAGCAUCUCAUUAAUCUCCGCCAGAACCGUCCUGCUGAGUUGAUUGCAAAGUUUUUGGAUGAGAAACUACGUGCUGGGAAUAAGGGUACAUCGGAGGAAGAAUUGGAGGGCACUCUUGAUAAAGUCUUGGUUCUGUUCAGAUUUAUACAGGGUAAGGAUGUGUUUGAAGCCUUUUAUAAGAAGGAUCUUGCAAAAAGGCUUCUUUUGGGAAAGAGUGCAUCUAUUGAUGCUGAGAAGUCUAUGAUCUCCAAGUUGAAAACCGAAUGUGGUAGCCAGUUCACCAACAAGCUUGAAGGAAUGUUCAAGGACAUAGAGUUAUCGAAGGAGAUAAAUGAAUCUUUCAAGCAAUCAUCUCAAGCUAGAACGAAACUCCCUUCAGGAAUUGAGAUGAGUGUCCAUGUCUUAACAACUGGGUAUUGGCCAACAUAUCCACCAAUGGAUGUCUGCCUUCCCCAUGAACUGAAUGUUUAUCAGGAUAUUUUUAAAGAAUUCUAUUUGAGCAAAUAUAGUGGUAGGCGGUUGAUGUGGCAAAAUUCAUUAGGUCACUGUGUCUUGAAAGCAGAAUUCCCGAAGGGCAAAAAAGAAUUGGCAGUUUCCUUAUUUCAGACCGUCGUUCUGAUGCUGUUCAACGAUGCACAAAAGCUUAGUUUUCAAGAUAUCAAGGAUGCCACCAGCAUCGAGGACAAGGAGUUGCGGAGAACCCUGCAGUCCCUUGCUUGUGGAAAAAUUCGUGUCCUCCAAAAGAUUCCGAAAGGUAGGGAAGUGGAUGACAAUGAUUCCUUCAUGUUCAAUGAUGGGUUUACUGCUCCUCUUUAUCGUAUAAAGGUUAACGCUAUCCAGUUGAAGGAAACGGUGGAAGAAAACGCAAGUACUACAGAGAGAGUUUUCCAAGAUCGUCAAUAUCAGGUUGAUGCUGCUAUUGUUCGGAUUAUGAAAACUAGGAAAGUUCUGAGUCACACACUUCUGAUAACCGAACUCUUUCAGCAGCUCAAGUUUCCGAUAAAACCAGUUGACUUGAAGAAGAGGAUCGAAAGCCUGAUUGAUCGGGAAUACCUAGAGAGAGACAAGAGCAAUCCUCAGAUAUACAAUUACUUAGCUUGAACAUCUAAGUUUGUUUUGUUGCUUCGAUUUACUUGUACAUGGCAUGGAGAUAGAUAGAUCUUUUACGAUUUCCUUGCCGGUUUAUGUACAGUGAUAGCUUUUGUUUUCGUUGUAAAGCCUAAUUGUGUGUUUUGAGUUUUUAUUCAUAUUUCCAUAGUAUUCUUAACUACU